AGGGAUUAAAUACAGCGUGAUCCCCGAGGCAAAUCCGGAUGCUUCCAACCCAACCCCGGGACGGGACGGACCCCACCCCCACUGCCUCUCUCCCCUCCUCGAUCCUUCAGCCCCCUUCCAUCCGGCCAAGUCUCCUCCCGUUGCUCACGCGUGGGUUCGCGGGUCGGCGCCCUUCCUCCCCGGAUUGGUGUGCGAGUCUGCGCCGGGGAGUUCUUGACUCGUUAGGAGAUUGCCAUGGGAGGGCUCGCUGAUUGCUGGCUGGCCGCUGGCGUUCAAUAGGUAGCCAGUAUUUCAGAAGCGCCAGUAUUUCAGAAGCGUAUUCUUCGGAUUGAGGGAGUGGGAAUUCCGGGUCUUGAUCUCUUGUAACUGAGAGGGCCGCAGUUUUGUCUGUUGAUGUUUUAGAAUCAAGCACUCAACUUUUUGCAGUUCUGAUGGAGACUAAGGGUGUGAAUGAUCAGGAUGCUUUGAUUGACCUUGAGAAUGGAAAUUGCAUUGUAGUAAGUGAGCAUUGCAAUGGAGUGGAUGUUAGUUUUACAGUUGGGCAAGCAAGAACAUCACCUAAUGGUCCGUGGAAUGGUUGUGUGGGUGGCAAUGGAUGUCUGAAGGAUGACAGGAAUCAGCACAUGGAUUGCUCCCCUCCUGCUUCAGAUGCUGUUGCUAAAAAUGGAGAUGACAGGAAGUCUGAAGGGGAGGAGAAGCUGGGCCUUUUGGAUAAUUCAGGAGGAGAGAAGGCGAAGAAGAAGCGGUUGAAAAAACCGCCACGACCACCAAGGCCGCCAACACCUACACCAUUGGAUGUUUCUGACCAGAAGCUCCUCAAUGAGCUGAGUGAGCUUGCAGUGUUGAAACGCGCAAGGAUUGAGCGAAUGAAGGCUUUGAAGAAGAUGAAGAAUGCCAAACAAGGGUCCUCAAGUAGCAAUUUGUUCCCGCUGAUCAUUACCAUUAUCUUCUGCAUCGUCAUACUCUGGCAAGUUCCUCAUUUGGAUUCUGCAGGUUUUUUCUCGAGACAAGGGUCAGCCGUAAGCUUCCAUGGAUCGCCUGAAUCGUCGAUUAGAGCACGUAGCAGUUUCAUCUCCAUUAGGUUCUACAAGAACCAUUCCAAUGUGAGACCACCCAGUUCGACCACCACCAGCGCUCCCAAUAACGCAGAAACGGCUUCGGGGCUGGCGAUCCAUAACAAUGCGAGAAGGGUGGCUCGAUGAACAUGGUGGCCACCGUGCACCCCCACUUGCCAUUUUGAAGCUUCAUCUUGACCCGGGUUAUGUGAAUUCCAAGACGGUUUCCUCGAGGCGCCACCUCGUUGUAAAUGAAUGAACUUGCUAGUUUGUGCCCCUGGGUCGUAUGCUAACUAGUGGACCUGUUGGCUGUUGUGCGUAGUGAAUGGCACUUAGUGAAGAGAGCAAGCAAGCUGCCUGUCUGAUUACAGUAAUAAAGGUUUGCUAGUAAUAAUGAAAGCUAAUCUGGUC